AUGACGAUUGAGGAGACCAAGUUUGAUGCGGGUGCCAAAGACUAUGGCUCAAAGGAUGCUUCUCAGGUCUCUGCAACAAGCGAUUCGGCCUCAGUGUCGUCGCUGGAGAGCCGAAGGGGACGGAUCAAGCCGUCCGACUGUGCAUUUGACACCACCGAAGACCCUCGAUACUAUAAACCCAUUCCCGAAUAUGAGGGCAUCCAUCGCUGGGACCCGGAAUUUGAAUGGACAGAGGAUGAAGAGAAGGCAGUCGUAAAAAAGAUUGAUUGGAGAGUCUGCACAUUUGCAUGUGUCACCUUCUUCGCUCUCCAGCUAGAUCGAGGAAAUGUGGUUCAGGCCACAUCUGACAACAUGCUGGCCGAUCUGGGCAUGAACACCAAUGACUAUAAUACGGGACAGACGAUUUUCUUCCUGACUUUCCUAUUUGCGGAACUUCCGUCGCAAUUACUGUCCAAAUGGCUUGGACCUGACCGCUGGAUUCCCAUCCAGAUGGUAUCCUGGAGCUUGGUCGCAGCCUGUCAAGCAUUCGUGCGGAAUCGUAGUGCUUACUUCGGCCUGCGAGCGCUGCUGGGUCUGCUGGAGGGUGGCUUCAUCCCCGACACCAUUCUCUUCUUGUCAUUCUGGUAUAAAUCGAAGGAGCUCCCAAUCCGGCUCAGCUAUUUCUGGGUCGCGUACCAGGCCACUUCGAUUGUGAGUGCCUUUUUAGCGUUUGGCUUCCUCCAUAUCCGGAAUUCCGAUGGAACAGGAGGUUGGCGGUACUUGUUCGCCUUUGAAGGCCUGAUAACCGGCGUGAUUGGUGUGAUCGCCGCUUUUUGGAUGCCACCAUCCCCGACACAAACAGCUGGCCUGUUCCGAGGAAAGGACGGUUGGUUCAAUGAACGCGAGGAAAAGAUCAUGGUGAACCGCGUGCUUCGGGACGACCCCAGUAAGGGGGGCAUGCACAACCGUCAACCAGUUACGCCCCGCAUGCUCUGGCAUGCCCUGAAGGAUUAUGACAUGUGGGUCAUUUAUCUGCUUGGUCUGUCGUGGUUGAUUCCGAACACACCCGCCACGAGCUACAUCAGUCUCGAGUUGAAGUCCCUCGGCUUCAGCACUUUCCACACCAACCUGCUGAGUAUCCCCGCCUACGUUAUCUUCAUCGCCAACUUGCUGUUCUGGACGUGGGUCUCAGAGCGCUUUAAUCAGCGACUCCUUCUGGGCGUCGUUAGCGAGGCCUGGGCUUUGAUUCUUCUGAUUGCGCUUGAGGUGCUGCCUGAUGGAGCCAGUACCUGGACUCGCUGGUCACUGCUGACAUUGCUGAUUGGAAUGCCAUAUGUGCAUGCAAUCAUUGUCGCCAUCACCUCUCGCAACGCAGGUACAGUACGUACAAGAACUGUCGCCACCGCUCUAUACAACAUGAUGGUCCAAGUGAGCAAUAUCAUCGGUAACAAUAUCUACCGUGAAAACGACAAGCCCUAUUAUCGCACCGGCAAUAAGGUGCUGAUUGCCAUUGCAGCAUACAGCUUGGUGAUGUUCAUUGUAGCCAAGUUUUACUACGUGUGGCGAAACAAGCAAAAUGCUGCAGUCUGGGAUAAUAUGUCGAGUGAAGAAAGAGAGCGAUAUGUUGCUGAAAAUCAACAUCUUGGCAAUAAGAGAGUUGACUUCCGCUUCUUGCAUUAG